AUCAGUUCAUCAGUGGCCAACCAAUGCAACACUCCCCGCAGCUGAUUUCUGGAUACAUUACCUCUGAGGAUUCUGGAAGAAAGACAGAAAGUCCGGCCAGGAAACGUCGUAAGAUCGGAGCAUCUCUUCAGGAUCUGACGAUAUCCAACAGCCCAACUCCUUACGUCACCAGAAGCGUCACCGAACCUUGCUUGGAAGUCAGACACGACAGACGUCGGACUCUGCCAGCCCGAAGAGCAUCCGGAGAGCGAGCACAGGCACCGAGACCUCGCCGAAGCCAGACCACACGUCGCUGUGCUCGUGACAGAGCACCCACAUCCACCACCACGGCCACUUCUGAGGAUCGUCAAGUGUUCCAGCCCCUGACCCCAUCUCACCUUCAUGUAGCAGCCAGUCCCGCAUUCCUGGCCAGACAGAUCCACCCAGCAAUGCUGUCCCACCAGCACCCACCUUCGGUGCUGGACCACAUGGAACAGGCACCCAUGGCAGGUCCUGUACCCGUUGGACCAUAUGUGCCUGUGUGUGCAACUGCUUCACCUCACCCUCUAGGCAUGUGUGCUCCAAUGCCUCAAAUCCACAUGGGUGGCUCUGCAGCACUGCCUUCCUGGUCUCUGACAGGCCUGCCAGUCAGGCUCCAGACCUGUACCCUUCCCCACUGCACCCUUCCACACCCCAUCCCCCAGUACCUGCUGUCCAGCCACGCCCCACACCAGCCCCCACCUCCCCCACAGGCCCAUUUACCGCUGCCUCCCCACUUCCCAGGACUGCACCAUCAGCACCAGCUCUACCACCAUCACCACCAGCAACAACAACAACAGCAACAGCAGCAGCAGCAUCAACGGCAUGUACAUAGACCUCAGGAUGAAGAUAUCCGUUCAGUGCUGACAGAGCAAAGAGGAGCUGGUAUAUACCCCAUUCAUCCUGGCUUUCACCACCACCAGCACCACCAUGACCCUCCCGGCGUAGCUUCCACCCAUCCAUCACAUGGUGGGCACCCACACGGCCUGUCCCACCAGAUGAGCUCACCACAGCAGAUCAUGCUCCAGGAGCCUGCAGUGCACCCUACUGCUCCAGAUUUCUAUGGCUCUCUGUCUGGCUACUACUCCAGGAGGUCGAACACACGCAGUCGAGUGAGGAUUCAGCAACAGCACUACAGCCCUGGAUUCUUGCUGCAGUUCUUCAGAGCUAUGCUGGGCAGUCCCCCAGUGCCCCAUUAUGGCAGAGAUCUGGACAGCCCAGAAGAAGUGGAGAAUUACGAGGCACUGUUGUCUUUGGCUGAAAGAUUGGGAGAGGCCAAACAGAAAGGACUGACUAAAAGCGACAUUGAACAGCUGCCAGCCUACAGGUUCAGCACUGAAGCAGCGCGAUCCGAAUCUGACCAGACUUCAUGUGUCGUCUGCAUGUGUGACUUUGAAGCCAAGCAGCUGCUGCGAGUGUUGCCCUGCUCUCACGAAUUCCAUGCCAAAUGUGUGGACAAGUGGCUGAAGACAAAUCGCACGUGCCCAAUUUGCCGACAAGAUGCUACAGACACCAGCUGUUGCACAGAGUAG